AUGACCUCGAAACCAACGAUUGCGCCACUGGCGACUCUGACACCAGCUUCCAACACACGCACAUGGCUCUCGUCGCCGCACCCGAACCUCCCUAUCGUCGCAACAGCAUGCAGUGACCGCAGUGUGCGCGUCUACUCACUCAACUCUUUCAACCUCGUCAGUAACAUCACUGGUGGUCACAAACGUUCCGUCCGCAGUGUUGCAUGGAAACCCGACAGCGGCACCUCUGCUACCGGCGAGAGUGUACUUGCGACUGGCAGUUUUGACGCCAGCGCCGGCAUCUGGAGACGAUGGGAGGGCAACAGCGGCAAGGUCAACAAAUCAGAAGACAACGAAGUCGACUUCACAAAAGACGGAGGUGGUGACGAGGAUGACGAGUGGCGCUUCGCUGUCGUGCUUGACGGCCACGAGUCCGAGAUCAAGAGUCUGGCAUUUAGUCCUACCUCGCCAUUGCUCGCGACCUGCAGUCGCGAUAAGAGUGUUUGGAUCUGGGAAGAGCUGGAAGAUGAUAACUUUGAAACUGUCGCUGUUUUGCAAGAGCACGAGGGCGAUGUCAAGUGUGUGUGCUGGCACCCCUCGGAAGAACUCCUCGCCUCGUCCAGCUACGACGACAACAUUCGCCUGUGGAGAGAAGACAUUGACGAUUGGGGCUGUUGCGCCGUACUCGCAGGCCACGGUGGUACAGUCUGGUGGGUAGAGUUUGAGGGUGCCACACGACCAGGUCUCAAAGCUACCACAGAGCAACAGCAAAGACUGCUCGAACUAAGAGAAGCCUCUGGUCCACGUCUAGCUAGUUGUUCCGACGAUCUCAGCAUCCGCGUCUGGCGCCGCAUUCCCAGAGACAGGCCCAAUGGCGCUCCUCAGACUGGUCCCAGAAUGCCAAGUAUCAUAAAGACAAAUACCAUCGAGGAAGAAUGGGUCCCUGAAGCCGCCUUGCCUCAACACCACGAACGCGCCAUCUACUCUGUCUCAUGGAGCAGAACUACUGGUCUCCUUGUCAGCGCGGGUAGUGACGGCAAAAUCAUCGUCUAUAAGGAGCAAUGGGCUGCCGACAAUGCAUCAACACAAAUAGAGACAACAGAUGGCCCUAAGGAAAUCGCAAAGACGGAAUGGGUUGUUAUGGCUGAAGUCGAAAAUGCGCACGACGUCUUUGAAAUCAACCACGUCUGUUGGGCUAAGCGAAGCGAUGCUGGCCGUCGUAGUGAUGAUGAGGAGAUUAUCAUCAGCACUGGCGAUGAUGGUGAAGUGCGUGUUUGGACACUCGAGAACUUCUCAUGA